AUGAUCGGCGCCGUGCGCGGAUCCAACAUCGACUCUCACAGUCGCGUUGGCAAAUGGAUUCGCGUGGACGAGCUGUUGCAGCAACUGAAGAAGCGCCAUCAAGUCGAAAUUGGGCAUCGCAUGAUCCUGUCUCUGGUUGCCCACGACAACAAAGGCCGCUUUAUUCUUUUUGGACACGUUGGCGAUCCUCGCAAUGAUUACAUCGAUUGUGGGAUCUGGCCUCUGUGGAUCAGCGCGAGCCACGGACACAGUGCACGGAUCAUGGACAAAGUCGACGACUCAAGCAUCGCAACCGUGUGGCUUGACCCGAGGAAGCGAACAGUCGACCGGGUUCCAGCUGCCUAUAAAGGCAAGCCGUUCCUGUGCCGUGGUGAUGAAGGCUUCCCACCGCGUCUGUACCACCGUACAACGCACGACGCAGCUUUCCAAAUUCUUGAAGAUGGCCUCAUUCCUGGAUUUCGCGACUCUGGCAAAUAUCAUAACUAUUUCGCCAAGGCCACGCUGUCCGAGCUCGGGAAUAGAGCGGGGGUGCGCGCAAACUUGCACGUCGAACUCGUUUUCGAUACAGUGGAAGUCUUGAAGCACGCUUACCUCUUUGAAACGGAGUCAGAAGGACCGAAUUGCUCGCUUCCGUCUCCAGAGGUUCGAAUCGUUCCAGGGCAGUCGAAGGAGUGCAUGCGGCCGCGCCUGGUGGAAGGGAAUACGAAGAUGUGUGAGGUGUGCAUCCCAGUUGAGACGAACAACUACGACACGGCUCUCCUGGAUCCCCCACAAACGGUCCGCGUCGUGCCCGCAGACAAUGCCCAGGCCUUUGACUGGCCGCAGCGAGUCACCUGGCAACGUGGCGGAUCGCUCCGAGGGCUGGAUUCUGGAGAAGACUGCGCUGCUCGGCGGAAGGACAAGGCCAGUGACAGGUUGAUCCCCGAGGACGUCGAGGACCUGGAAGUUCCGCCCGGGAUGGACACUUCGGGCAGCUCGCCUAAGAGAGCGGCCGAGGAAGCAGAUGGGCCACGGGGCAAGAGGCGGGAGAGGGAGGGCGGUACAGGCGCGGUGGCCGGCCUUGACCUUGACCAGAUGGAGAGGCUUCUGGAGGCGCAUAGCACCAGGAUCUUGAAAGCUCAAAGAGAGAACUUGGAAGGCAUGAUGUCGUUCUUUGAGGCUAAGACGGACGAGAAACUCAAGCGAGUGGAAGACAAGGCAGACGGUGCGGACAGGCGAGCGGCAGCGAUCGAGGACAAGGUGGAGCAGCUGCAGGGUCAGGUGGCGGAGUUGCUCAGGAGAAGUGUCAUCUUGCAGCAGCUGGGAGAGGCGCUGGAGCGCCUCCAGCUUCGCGACUGCUUGGACGCGGAGCCUUUCUGCACGGGAAACACGGUCGCCAUCCCUCACGGCAAGACCCUCUUUGCCACUUACUCAAAAACCAGGGCCGAAAGAGCAGUUGCGGCACACGCGGCAUGGGUAAAGAGGUCCCUCUCGACUUUGGGGCAAGAUGUAGCUUCCCUGCUGGAUGUGGAGUACAACACCGGGACGUGCUGGAUUGGGGGGUCCACCGUGGCUUCGGCGACACGCCCUAGUGAGCCGGGGGUGCAUGAGAAGCACCUGAUGAGGGACGAGAAUGAGGGGCACAAGACCUGGGUGGACAUCGAGGCGAUUGCAAGGGAGACCAAGCAUCCCCACAAGGACAUCUUGAGAGCACUUGAAGGGGAGCGCGUUGAUGAAGCAGCGGUGCCACAGGUGCUCCGCGACCUGGAUGUGUCCGAGACGGAGCACAUCGUUUAUCUUCUCCAAGAAGUGCCACGCCGGGAACCGGGGUGGCACACAGACUCGGCUGGUGGAUGGUCGAUGCUUAGUCACCGCCCUGAAGGGCGAUGGAGAGGGGCUGGAAUCAUCUACAAAGAGCUCAGCUGGAAAAUUGUGCGUAGGAUUGCCACGGAGAGAGGGAUUUGGCUGCGACUCCGGCAUGUCACCUUCGGGAAUUUGGUUCGGGUGGGUUCAGCGCACUUUGACCCAGGGUGCACGCAAGCGGUGCAUAGAGCUGCAGUAGAGGAACACCUUCAUAGACUGAGGCCCACGACAUUACCAAUCAUCCUUGCCGCAGACAUCAACUCGCCUAUCAGGUGGGAAGAAGGGGAAGACGGAGAUGUGUGUCCGGUUGGCAGGGACGGGAAAACGGUAGGGUACCUUGAAGCAGUUGCCGGUCGAGGACUACAACUCGCAGCCCCUCAUCGAGAUCAGUACGAGACGCCGACGAGCCGACCUAGGCAGGGCGGAAGGCAGGGAAGGCAGAUCGACUGCAUAGCGAGCCGAGGGGCACUUGUUUCCCGACUACGCAUCUUUGAGGGCACAUCGAAAGCUCUGGGCACCGAUCAUGACAUGCUGCAGUGCAAGGUGUACAUGACAGCGGACAGGGAGAGGACUGUGCAUAGUACUAGACCUCGGGUGUGGAUUGGAGGACCCUCCAUGAUCGACAAAAUCGACCAGCCCAUACUACGGGAGAUGGCACGGACCUGCACUAAGCCCAAACCUAACAAGGGAUACAAGGACCCGCCGGAAGUCAAAGCAGCAGUUACAGCAGCACGGCUCAGCCAAACAGGCGUGGCAUGGAAGGAGGUGCAGAACCAGAGGAAGCUAGCGCGCAGACGGUGGGAGGCGCAAAGAAUCACGGCAGCAAUGGAAGGCCUUUGGGACCAGGUGAGACAGCUCCGGGCAACUAAGAAUACGGGUUGGGACACUCACUAUGCGGAGUGUCAGGGGGAAGGGGAAGCUCACCGCUCGAUACAUGACCAUCUCUCAAACAUCUACCAGACGGGCAACGAACUUCCACCUCUGGAGGAAUGGAAAGGAGAAGUACAGGCCUUCACAGAAGAAGAAUUAAAGGCGGCAUUAGCUUCAGGGAAGACAGGGAAAGCAGUGGGAGUGGACCAGACGAGCCUUGAGCUGCUGAGAGGGAUCUGUGCAACUGAAGGGGGGAUGACGCAUCUUCUUGAAUUCUACAACGGCAUACUCUGCACUGCGAACAUCCCGCCGGAUUGGAAUCGGGCGGUCAUGGUGGUCAUACCUAAGGUAACGUAUCCUUCGGAACCAGGGGAGCUACGGCCGCUGGCCAUGGGCAGCGCAGCUGCCAAGAUCUUCACCAGGAUGUUGCUUACCAGGUCGGAGCCGUUACUAGGGUUGAAGGGGCCGGAACAGUGCAGUGGUAAGGGCAGACAGUGCUGUGACUUUCUUUUUACAGUAGCUCGCCUGAUGCAGCUGGAACAAGAGUGGAAGCAAGGAGUCUGCUGGCUGAAGGUCGACUUAGCUAAGGCUUUCGACCGGGUUGACCGGAGGACUUUGACAAACCGACUUAGGCAACGUAUGGGCAUGACUCCUGAGUUUCGGUGCUGGUACAACCUCUUGAGGGGCACAGACGCUGUCUUACAAACCGGUUGGGACAGCACAGUCAUUGACAUGCAGGAUGGAAUCAAGCAAGGGGCCAUCGAAUCUCCUUCGUUCUUCAGUUUCCUUGCAGAGACAUGCUUACAUGAAGCCAGCGCCAGGUUCAAAUGGACGGACCAACCACGAACAUUCUCGGGGCUAGACCUGGACAACUUGUUGUACAUGGACGACGGACUGCAGUGGAGCCAGGGGAUUCAGGGAAUCGAGUCUCGCGUCGCACAGUGGGGAGUUGUUUUACAGGAAUUUGGCCUGCGCAUCAAUGCCAAGAAAUGCCAACUCUACUGCUCACCAUUUCACAAUGGCAAGCGUACUAUCAGGGUUCAGGGCGAGCUCCUCUAUGCCACUGAAGACCUCCACAUUCUGGGCAUGACAUUCAGGGUUGGCAUCACUCCAUCGGAGACCAUUGCUCCGUUGCUUUCUAAAGCCAGGGCUAAAUUUUGGGGAGGGCUGAGGCACCUGCUGAGAGCUAAGACCCCCAUUGGUGGCCGUGUGCGGUUUAUGGAGCGUGUGCUUGGAGGAACGGUCCUUUGGCCCUUGGCAGCGCUGCCGAUGGACAGAGCCAGCCUGGGGCUUAUUAACAGUCUCCAGCUGCAGAUGUGCAUAUGGCUGAUGAGGGUAGCAAAGAGGAACGAACCUAUGCCAAAAAGCGGUGGUCGACUUUGUGGUUGGAGAGGUGGUGGGCAUAUGCGGGGCACCGCACAAGGUGGAGCCUCCAUGCAGACCUAA